AAAGAGUGGAAUCAAUAAGUGACCGAAACCAAAUUACCAAAGCACGUAUACGUCGCGUUCUAUCGUUUACACUCAAACUAACUAAAGAAAAAAAUAAUUAAAAUUGAAGCAUAAUCAAUAAACAAUUAAAUAAAGAUGCACGUACUGUAAUACAGAGAUAUACACGAAGUCACUGCACGAUCCGCACGCGACGAUCGAUUGAUUAAUUGAUUAAUCGAUUGAGUAAUUCGUUGGAUUUUCUUUUUGAUUUUUUUUUUUUCAUUAUUUCGUCUCAUUUUAUUUCUUACCCUUCGUUCGUCGACUGAUUCGUCGAUAGUUGAAAUAAAAAGAAUAGAGAAAACAAUUCAUAAGUAAAGAAAAUAUCAAUUAAUAAAUUGAAUCGUUGAAAAAUUUCGUUACACAUAUUUCUCACGCACGUAGACGUUGCGUUUUUUCUCCCUUGAUUUUAAAAAUUUUGUUUUUUUCUCCGAUCAUCACGCUGUGAACGAACAAUACAUCGAAUAAUUCUGUCGCACGUAAAGCAACGAAAACAAAUUAUUAAAUAAACAAAUCGAUGAAUAAAAUUGAAAAUUGAAUCGACUCGAAAGAUUAGAAUUCACGUGUACCUGCGGAGGAAUAAUUUCCGAUUGCAAUUAUCGCCGAAAUACUUAUCCGUAUUUUGAAUUGAAAAUAAAAAGUAACAAUAGUAAUUGAAGUAACAGUAAUAAACAAUUUUAUUCGAAAAGAAAAGAGAAGAGAAUUUUGUUAUUCCGUAUACUGUAAUACGAAGAAACGAUUUUUCAAUCUAAUCGGCGCAAUGGCUGGCACAUCUCUCGUCGUUGGCGAUACUUUAAGAAUCUGGAAUACCAGGAUUGGAAUUUUGACAGUGAGCGUUUUAUUACUGUCAUGUUUCUCGAAGAGUAACAACGUCAUGGCGGAUCCGGAACCCGGACCCGCGGCAUUUUAUACCGACGGACUCACCGCCGAUCCGGAGAAUAUGCACUUGCUGCAGAGAUUGAGACAAUUGGCGCAACGUGGAAGGGAGAUAAACGAACAAGAGCGAGAAAUAACGGAGGAGGCUAUGGCGAUCGAAGGAAUUCUGAUAGAGGCUAAAGCUGCCGGUCUGGAGGGCGUCGCGGGUAUGCCGCAUUUCUCCCAGAGGGAAUUGUCAGACGAAGAAAUCGGCGAACCUCUACCGAUCGCGGAAAAAUUGGUACGCGCCGCACCCCGUUGGGACAAAAGGGGAAGCUAUAUGGCGCUAUGUCACUUUAAAAUAUGCAACAUGGGACGUAAACGACAAUUGCAGUAAGUUCUACAAUUACAAGGCAGAUUGAAUAAUCGCACCUUUCGCAUACGUGUGUUAUGUACGUCUGCUGUACAUAAGUAUGCAGCUGUACGUAAUAUUCACGUAUGCGCGGUAGCGCGCGUUCCUGCUGCAACCCCUGCAACCGUACCAAAUCGAAACCAAAAAAACGCAUAAAGGAAUCGAAAAACCAAAAACCUGAGAAAAAAAUUAAAAAAAAAACAAACACCAAACGAAUCAAUCCCCUUUCUAGAUCGUAAUUAAAUUUGAGAGCAGAAGAAAGAGAAAAAAAAAAAAAAAAUACCGACCCUCGCGCAAAACUGAAAAUCUUACCCCCAGUUGUUGUAUUACAUUCUUUUAAUUUGAGGCUUUUUUAACUUAUUAAAAAAAUCAGUAUCGUACUUAAUUGCGAGGAAAAAAGAAGGAAAGGAAGAAAGAUGGACGAAGAGAGAAGAGAGAAAAAUUAUUCAAUAUUAGAAAUCGAUUCAACGACUCGUAAUUUUUUCAACACUCUCCUCUCACGGUUAAAAGAACAUGCGUGUGAAAUGUGCGUUGAAACAUCGAGAGAAAAAAUGAUUCAUAAAAAUGAAAUGAAUUGUAACGAUAUGGUUACACACGAGAUGGGGAAGAGUGAGGGAAGAAAAAUGACGAAGUAUAAGAUUGCAAGAUGUGAAUAUUUUGAAUCGAAGCAAUUUGAAAAUUUUCAUUAUUUUUGGUUUGAAUGAUUAAAAACGAAGAGAGAUAACGAAACGUACCUGAUGAUGUACCGGGUGUUUGUUAAAUUAUAAUAAGUCGAGAUAUGUAAUAAUUUUUACGACGAUGGACGGCGAAAUUGACGAAAGGAGCGAGGGGGGAGGAAAAAAUUUCGAACGAAAAAAACAAAACAAUUAAGACAAAUAAAUAAAUAAAUUGAAAGUAAAAAACAAAAAAAAAUCGAAAUUACGUGAUGUCUCUCUGUUUAUAGAUAAUAUAUUAUAUGAGCAUAUAUUUUAUCAUUUGUAUAUACGUAUAUAUAUAUAUACAUUAUUUUCAAAAUUGCUGGAAUCAAAAAAAAAAAAUUAAAAAAACACAAGAAGUAACCGAAAGAAAACCACGAAAUUAAAAUCACAUUCAAAAAAAAUUAAUCUGUCGAUGUUAUUGGCAACAAAAAAUAGAGAAACGAGAAAAGAAUAUAUUAUAACGUGUUGAGAAUUUUUUUUUUCUUUCUUCUUUCUCUUUUCUUAAUUAUUCAAAUUCUUCGAAUAAUUGAUUACAAUCGAAUCUACACGGUUCUAGUAUAUGCACCUACACACACAUACGUACUAUAAGGGUAUCUUAUUGUUAAUUACUCGGUCGGUCCUAAUUUUUGGCUGGCUUGGACCGACAAUUUGACGAUUUUAAUUUUUCGGUGUGAUGGAAAAAAUUCUGUACGACGAUACAAAAAAGAAAACAAGAAAAAAAGAGAAAGAUUAAUGAAUGAAAUCGAUCUUGAAAAUGUUACAGAGUAUGUAUAUAUAUGCGUAUAUAUACAUAUACAUAUAUAUAUAUAUAUAUAUAUAUAUAAAUAAUUUACUUAAAUAAAUGAAAAAGAAAGAGAAAUAAAAUACAUGUAAAAUUAUGUAUUUAUUCUUUACGUAUAGCAUAUAACUGUAAUGGAAGGGUGCAGGGGAAGCCGGGAAAAUAAUUACGUUUAUCUUAAAGAAAACUUACGAAAUAAUAAUGAAUAAUAAUAACGAUUGAGUCGUAUAUGUUGUGCUCAGAGCUCGUAAAGGUAAAAAUCAAGAACGAAAAAUCCAAAAAAUAAAAAAAAAAAUAAAAUAAAACCAUUCAAAAAUGGAUACAGAACAAACGUACGUAAAUAUGAAGAUAUAUAUAAUUAUAUAGUUUGACUAAUUUGGGGUUGACGAAAGUAACGGAAGAAAACUAUAACGAAAAAAGAAUGAGAGAAAAUCAAAAGAAAAAAGCGACAAAAAAAAAAUAACUAAAAUAUCAUGUAGAAUUGGGUUAGAGAAUAUAAUAAAUAUAUACAUGCAUGCAAA